CGUAGGAUAACCGGUCUUUUAACGAGAAAAGGAAAAUCCCACCUGUUCCUCCUCGUCAGCCCUAGUUAGUGUUCCUCCAUGGCCGCCGGCUGGAGGAAGACCACGGCGACGGUGCUCCUCGUCGUGGGCUUCUUGCGUGUCCAGAUGGAACGAAAACACAAAUGGAUUUCUCAGCAGCACAGAGAGUGUGGCUUCAGACUGGAAGCCUUUCGAUCACCUUGUUGGACCGCAAAUAUGGAUGCCUGCUCGAGAAAGAUGCAUUGUUCAAGACCAGAGUGAAGGGAGGGCGUCUCAUCGUGAGAAAAGAAACGAAACCGAAGGCUAAAGUGUGUGAGGUGGCCGUUACCGAAGUCCCAGCUCCUGGAAACCAGCUGUUCGUCUCCUGUGUAGAAGACAAGCUGGCAGCCACAGAGGAACUCGGUGCUCUCAUGGCCGCCGCCAACAUUACCUUACAGAACCGGAGAAUCGGUCGCACGAUGGGCGGCUUCACCCCAAGCACGUCCAAGCCUUCGUCAGGGCUUCCGAAGACGAAAGAGAUCCAGGACGAAGGUGCCCUGACGACAUUAGAGAGCAAGCUGCCACCGACGAUCUCUCCGACCGAGCCAAAGCCUAUAACGAAAAAGUAUGCGCCGACCGAAACCGUUUUAUCGACCAUGAAAAUUAUUCCAACCCCAACUGUACUAUUGACUGAAAUAAAAGUAUCACAUUUGCCAACACUCGUGGCAACCGUGACAGUGCCACCAUUAAGCACAGUCGUUCCGUCAAUAACGCUUACGCCAACAACCGAAAGAGAAACAGUCACAACGCCUCCGCCAAGUACCAAUGCACCAUCCACUCCGCCUCCACCUACAGCCCCCGAGGCAGCAUCCACACCGCCUCCAUCUACUACCACCGAGGAACCACCAACGACGCAACCACCAACCACAUCAGAACGACCAACCGAGCACCCUCUGCCAGCGCCCCCAGAGACAUCGAAGCCAGCAGUCACGGCCGCGGCGACAGCGAAAUCACCGCUGCUGGAGGAAGACGAAGAAAGAUUCGGCGCGAAAUCCGGGACUCCGCCCAGCCCAGAACCCACCCAUGAGAAUUGGACAAAGAUUAUGCUGGAGAAACAUCUGGCGUAUGUCAUCGGCUGCGCUGUGGGUGUCUUCGUCCUCAUUCUACUUAUCAUCGUCCUCGUGGCUCUCUCGAAGCGCCGCAAGAAGGUGAACCGAGAGGUCCCGAUCGUCCUCGGCAGCGCCAACUACAAGAGGCAGCAAGAUGACUUAGACAGCCACGACCAGGACCACGUUAAUAUCCUGAUGUACUCUGCCGCCGAACAGGAGGAGGCCCCCCCCCACAACGACCUCGAGGAGAGGAUCCUGAUGCCUCCCGGCGGGACGUCCUCCACUCCAGCCACACCCAGGUGCCUCCGGGACAAGAAUUUCGACUAGAAAUACAAGUAGACUGCGUUUGGGUUUAACAAGCGGAAUGAUGGAUAUUUAUGGUACUAUAAAGGAUGUGACGACGUUAUAAAGACGCUAUGAUAAUGAUGUGACAAGCGUAUUGUGGUGGUGAUGACACCGCGGACCACAGAACCAUUGAGCCAAAGAGUGUUGUAAUGUACAGAGGUAAUGUUAGUGUUAACUGAUUCUGUGAUACCCUAUUUUCCCCACAUAUCAGUAUCAUUCCAGUGCUUUAACGAUUUAUGACUUCAUAUAUACCCAAGUAAGAACCUUUUUCUGUAACAUCAGCGCGUUAUAAAUAUGAUUGUUCAUUUGUAUAGAAUUAAUAAACGCUUCAUAGAUGUAAA